CGGCCUAUUUCCUUCCCCGAGAAACUCCGAUGCUGUACUUUUCGCCUUCCGACGGCGUUAUCUUCGCACGAUUUACGAAGCAUCACUCCAAAAAAGGUACCGUCACCCCCUCCCAAGUACUGGCCCCCGAUUUCCCGUCACCGAUCUUGUCCAGAGGGAGCGAUGAUGGCGGGCGGCGGGUCCUCCUCCGGCUCGCUGUCGACGGUGUCGAAGGGGCCUCCACCGCCGCCGGAGGCGGAGGAGGACGCGGUGGAGAAAGACUACGUAGGGCUGUCGGAGGAGAGCUCCUCGUGUUACCCCGGCGGCAAAGGCGACGACGGCGAAACGGAGGAGAAGGAGGAUGAGGAGCUGGAGCUGGGGCUGAGCCUGGGGGCCAAGAAGGCCAACGCCGGCGCGAGCAGGGGAAGGGCGCCGCGGCGGGAGUACUGUAGGAUUCUCACCGCCGAGGACUUCCCGUCGCUGGUCUCGCGCGCUUCGCCGCUGUCUUCCUCCUCCUCUGUUUCAUCUUCUUCGGCGACGCUUGGCGGCGGCGGCGGCGGCGGCGGCGCUGGGUCUAGGAGGGUUGCGGUCUCCGGUGCCCCGGAUGCCGUUGGGUCCACUAAUCCACCACCAAGCAGUCAGAUGGUGGUGGGAUGGCCACCAAUUAGAGCAUACAGGAUGAAUAGCUUAGUUAACCAAUCCAAAGAUAAUACAUACUCAAAUGCUGCAGUCACCACAUCCCACAAGAAGACUAAUGAAAGCAGCAACAACCAUCCAAAAGAAGUAAUUGCUAGGGAACUUGAAAAGAAAAGGGGGCUUGUUGGGAAAUCUCCCUUUGUUAAGGUGAAAAUGGAUGGGGAUCCCAUUGGGAGGAAGGUUGAUCUCAAUGCCCACAGCUCCUAUGAGACCCUUGCAGUAGCACUUGAGGCCAUGUUCCACAAAUCAACAGCAGGACUUGGUGCUUUCACAUAUGUCUCAAGAACCUCAAAGUUGCUUGAUGGCUCCUCCGAGUUUGCACUAACGUAUGAGGACAAGGACGGAGACUGGAUGUUGGUUGGAGAUGUUCCAUGGGGAAUGUUUUUAAGCACUGUCAAGAGACUUAGGAUCAUGAGGACAUCUGACAGCAAUGGGCUUGCGCCAAGGCUUCAUUCUUCCGAGUCUGGUAGUAGGCUAUGAAAUGUUGCCUAGCAUUUUUUCCAAGGCAUUCAGCACUUGAAGACCGUAGGCAAAAGGUGUAAGAAUACAGAUUUUUUUCCCCUUUGUGGUGGGUGGGUGUAUUGGUGGAGGGAUGAGUUUUGGGGGCCUCGGGGGUUGCUCAAUUCUACAACUGUUAUUUGUUUCAUUUUGUUCUUUAAUCCCCCCUUUUUUUUGGUUUUGCGUUUACGGGUGGUGGUUGUGGUGGUGGAAUUGGUGGAGAUGAAUGUUUGAGUUCUCUUUUGUUGGGUGGUUUGCAUGUUAUGGCAUCAUGUUUAUUAUCUACUACGUUGCUACAAGUAUGCUUAAUACAUGAACUCAUGCUUCCAAUACUGAAAAUAUUGUUUUUUUUUUUUUUUUCGCUUUCCUCCUGACUUGAGGAUCCAAUUAUGUCAUUCUUAUUUGUUAAA